GGUGGUUUAACAGUCGACUGUUAAACGCAUACCAGUUAUCAACUAUUUUAUUUUUUGGCGGUGAAUUUAAAAAGAAAACUGUUACGGUCGUGCUUUGAAUGACUAAUCUUUAUUGAAUGGCCGAUUUCGAUACGUGAUUACGGUAAAUUGUGUAAUUGAAGAGGUUCCAAGAUGGUUUGUUGGAGGGGUGCUAUAUUGCAUCUAUGUAUCGCGCUAUGCAGCUUUCAAGGAGCUGUUUCAGUAGUUCAUUACCAGCCGUUGGAACUAACCGGAAAUGGAGAUAGCGAGUGUGCUUUAUUACUAAAUGGCCCAAGCAGAAGCAGCCAGUUCGAUUAUACGUUUAACUUACUCAGAGGAAGCACUUUUGAUUAUACUGGACCUCAUACUUGCAUUACAUACGAUGCCAUCAACGCUGCCUAUUUGGAUGCCAGGAAAAGGAUAGCUGUGGCCCAGCCACAUGGAGACUGGAAACCAGAAGAUGUCGCCACAGUUGGAGAGCUACUCUUAGAUAUUUCAAUAAAUUUAGCUAAAACUUAUGGCUUGAGCUACGAAAAUAUUGAAAGAAAUUUACCCUUGAUUGACACAAGUAAGACCUUGAUUCGUGAAGUGUGUCCUCCAUAUUUAUCGAACGUUGAAUGUCGAGCUGGAAAGUAUAGGAGGUAUGAUGGGUUGUGUACCAACUUGGAUCAUCCCACUUGGGGAGCUACCAAUACGCCAUUUACCAGAUUAAUGGGACCACUCUUUGCUGACGGUAUGUCUGAACCUCGUAUCAGUAUAUCCGGAAGACAGUUACCGCCCUCUCGUGUCGUAUCCAGAACAAUGCAUCCGGACUCCGGUUUUCAUGAUCAUGCCGGAACUGUUAUGAUCAUCGCUUGGGGUCAGUUCAUGGAUCACGAUUAUACUUUAACAGCAACUCCUUUAGAUCCGUUUAACCGAAACGAUCCGGAAGAUUGCUGCAACCUACCGCCCCACCUAAAACAUCCCUACUGUAACGAGAUUUUAAUUCCUGAAGAUGACUAUUUUUACAACAUAUUUAACGUUAAAUGUCUGAAUUUCGUCAGGUCGUUCCCUGCUGCUCGUCCCGGAUGUCGUUUGGGUUCCAAAGUUCCUUACAACACACUCACCGGUGUUUUGGAUGGGAACACUGUUUAUGGUGUUACCGAACAAUUCGCCAGGAAACUUCGUGAAGGUCAGGGAGGUCUUUUGAGGAUGAAUCCUGCGUUUGCCGACUACGGACUGAAGGAUUUGUUACCGUUGAAAUUAGAUAUUCCGGAUGAAGGUUGUACGCGUCCUAACUCGACCAUGUUUUGCUUUGAAGGAGGUGAAAUCAGAGUAAACGAACAACUAGUGUUAACAGUCAUGCACACCCUAAUGGCCAGAGAACACAACAGAAUAGCGAGAGAGUUAGCGGCAGUAAACCCCCAUUGGGACGACGAGACCCUUUAUCAAGAAGCCAGAAGGAUCAAUAUCGCCAUUAUCCAGCAUAUUACUUAUAACGAAUUCUUGCCGAUUUUGUUGGGAAAAGAUAUGAUGGAGAAGUUUGGACUUCUCGUACAGAAACAGGGCUAUUGGGACGGUUACGAUAGCAAAGUCAAUCCGAAUGUCAUCGAUGCUUUUGCUGCAGCUGCUUACAGGUUCGGACACUCACUUCUACCAACUGCUGUAGAGAGGUGGAGUAAGGCACAUAAGUUUAUUGCUUCCAAACGUCUCUCCGACCUGAUCAGACGUCCGUACGACUUAUACAGACCAGGCGUGUUAGACGAAUACAUAAUGGGUCUUAUGAAUCAAGUUGCUCAAGCUAUGGACGACGCUAUUACUCAAGAGGUGACCAACAAUUUAUUCAAAAAGGUCGGGGCCAAGUUCGGUAUGGAUUUGGUCAGUUUCAACAUGCAAAGAGGCAGGGAAUUCGGUUUGCCCGGUUACAUGGAGUUUAGGAAAUUCUGUGGAUUGCCCGUUAGCGAGACGUUUGAGGAAAUGUUCGGUUCUAUGGCUAAUGAGACGAUUUCGAAAUAUGCUUCGAUUUUCGAGCAUCCAUCAGACAUUGAUUUGUGGUCGGGCGGUGUAUGUGAGAAACCAUUGCCAGGAAGUAUGUUGGGACCCACUUUCGCAUGUAUCAUAGCCACACAGUUCAGUUAUUCAAGAAGAGGUGAUAGAUUCUGGUACGAAUUACCAAACCAGCCAUCCUCGUUCACUUUACCACAAUUAGAGGAAGUACGUAAAGCACGUUUAGCACGGAUCAUCUGCGAUAAUACCGAUUUGAUUGAUACUGUACAGCUAUACCCUAUGGUGUUACCGGAUCACGAAAUUAAUCCUCGAGUACCGUGCAAGAGCCAGAUAAUUCCCAGCAUGGACUUUUCGAAAUGGGCCGAGUUCCCGCAUUCGACGUUUUAUGAACAUAUAGGAAAAAAGUAACCUCAAUUAGUUUUAAAAUGCCAUGGUAUUAUUUAUUUUCUAGGUAAAAAAAAAGAGAAAACGCUUUUUUGAGGAUGAAAAAUUGCAUGAGUGAGAGCAAAUAUUCCUAUGAAUUUAAGUUAAAUAUCAUUUUAUAUAUCAAGAUACUGCACAGAAAAUGGAAGAAUAUGUUCACCAAAUUAUAACAUACACUUUAGAAGCGACAACAAUUUAUUGAUAUAAAUGUCAUAAAAAGGUUACUGUUUUCUCAACUGGGUUUUCUAGACAGAAAAUUGCAAAAAGACUUAAAUAGUCCUAAUUAUUUAUUAAACUGCUGCCAAUAUGUUUGAAGCCUUUAAAACUUAUUCUAUUUAUGGUUUUCCAUGUUUAAAAAAACUAUUAAAAAUCAUUAUCCAAAAAGUUAGGGUGAAAUAAUAGGGUGUAAUCAAAAAAAAUAAUAGUGGCACUUUAAAAUUUCAUAACAAAAAAACCAAAAGAGAAAUCGGGUUCAUUUUUAGUAGGCACAAAGCUUAUUUCUUUGUUAAAUCAAAAAUUCUGGGUUAAAAAAAAUAGCUUGAUACCUAUCUUAAUUUAUAAGGAAGUUAUGAACUUUUUUCGUGGAGCAAUGAUAGGGAAUAAAACUCAAAGAUUUUCUGAAAAGUAUAUUACGUAGGUAAGUUGAGCAAAACAGGCUGUGACAUGUUUUUUUUUUAAUUUAUUAAACGUUAUAUGAGGUAAGCGAUACUGGAAAAGUUAGUUCUCCUCUUCGCCCUAAAGUGGGUUCUGGUAAAACUCGCUCUAUAUCUGAUGCAGCCACUAAGUGAUGAUCCUCUUGUUUAGGCCAGUGAAACACUGAACUAUACGCGUUUCGGUUUGAUUUUUUUAAAACUUAAUGGUAGGUUGCGAUUCUUUAUCAACGUUGUUAUUUGACCAGUAUAGAAAAGUAUACUUUUCUUUCCUUUAAAUGAGACCAAACCCAGUUUCCAAUGUUAAAGUUUUCUACCUCUUUGAGAAACAAUUCGUCUUGUUUUAAUGCUUCUUCAUCUUCCUCUAACCUUUUUGCAUAAGUCUCAAAGGUGACGUCGUCGGAUUCACUGUCACUUAAAAUUUGCGGUUCGUCUUCAUCUGAAGAGCUCUCAUUAAUAUAUUUUGCUGUAAUUUUUUUUGAUUUCUUCUUUGUUUUCUUUGCUAAUUCUUUCGCUUUCUUUGCUUUAUCUUUCGCUAUUCUUUCAUCUUCUUUUUUUUGCUCAGCCUUUUUCUUUUUUUCUAUGUUUUCUUUUGCUGUUAUAAUUUCAGCUCCCGGAGCUACCCUUUGUCUUCUUUCUUUUUCGUAGGGCGGGGCGAUUGCCUCACUGUUUCCAGCAACAAUUCUUCAAAUGAUACAGAACCGCUACUUGGUGCUGCUAUUGGUAUUGGUCUACUUGGCCCUGCUAUUGAUUCUGGUCGCGGUUCUGAUGCUGGCUGCUGCGUGGUUGGUUUCUCUCUCGAUGGCUUUUCAAGGUUGCUUGUGCUGGGUUCAUUAAGAGGUUGUUCUGUGGCAGGUUGGGGAUUUCUCAAACGUUCUUCAUAUCUUCGUAGAGCUUCUGGAUCAUAUUUAAAGCGGUCGAUAACAGAUCUAUUAAAUGGGCAUAUUCCUCCUCUACGAAAGCCCGAUGUCAGUAAAGCUUGAUCUGUCUCUUUCCAAAUUGUGCUCACAAGUACCGAAAAAUCUUUCUUUGGUAUUUUAACACCCACAUGUCUUCUUUGGUACUCCGCUAAUUUGGAAUCCCACCGUGACUUAAGGCUCUUAAAGACCGCUAGGUCCAUGGGUUGCAAUAGGUGGCUGGAGUGUGGAGGUAAUUUAAGUACAAUUAUUUAUCAUUUUCGACAGCCGCCCCGAUAAGUUUUGGGUCUAAGUGCGUUGAAUGUCCAUCAUACAAAAGCAGGAUUUUGUAUGAUGUGGAAGUUUACAAAGAUUUUGGUUUCCAUCCAACCAUUAGGUGACGCAGCAUAAGAAGUACCAGGAAAGGUAGAUUCCUUGGGAGCCAGCCAGGUACUCCAUAGAUUUUUUCCCUUAAAAACAAUUAAUGGAGGCAGUUUAUCCCCAUUUGCGUUGCCACCCAUGAGAACUGUAGUACUCUCUCUUCCAGGCCCGGUGGCUAUUCUUAUCAUUGGCUUUUUUUCUGGCAUACUCCAGUCCUUGUGGUUUUUUUAAAGGUAGCCUGUGCCUUUUUUAAAGGAUAAGAACCAAUCCUCGCCAGGUAUUCCAUCUUUAAAUGGCGUUUUUAUAUUAUUUUUCGUGACAUACUUUCCCACCAAUUCUAAGAUUUUCUUUCUGCUGAGCCCCCAACCCCACUUCUCCAUGAUUUUUUAUGGCAUUCACUAAUUUUUCUUCAUCAGCUGCAGGUAUUGCGGUGGGUCUUCCUUUGGACGUGCUUUUUGAUCCUCGGGUUCUUCUUAGGUGUUUUUGAAGAGUGGAAAAUGGCAUUUGAUACCUCUGGGCACCACCACAAAUACUGAUAUGAUUUUCUUGGAUGUUUCUGAUCGCAUCUUUUAAGUUCAGUACUGUGAGAAAGGUCUUGUUUCUUUAUUUUAUACACUCUCACCAUUUUGAAGGAACUCACUAGGAACCGUAUAAACUAGUCUUAGAUCGGUCCUAUUUUAAAGAUUUCCACACUGUCUUUACAAUUAAUUAAAGUCUUUGGUAAGUAUUUACACUAUUUCUUCGAUAUUAGUUUUAGCCUGUAACAAUAGAGAAAAUGAUAGGUUAAAGCCUAAACACUCAAGAAGGAGGAGACUGGGGCAAAUGUAGUCAGUGAUUACACUUACCCCAUAUGCGUAUUUCGGUGGGGUAAAUGUAAUCGCUGGCAUACAUUUUUUGUUAAGUAUCGAAAAUCAAAUCUGAUAGCAGAAUCAACAUUCUUGUCGAAAAUUACCUAAGGGAGAAAAAUAUUACAACUAAAUACUAAUAUUAGCAGUAGUAAUAGGAAAUUAAAAUUCCUAAAAGGCACUCACAAAAUUAUUAUAAAUGUCAAAGUACAAAAAAGAAAAAGGGAAAUCUUUGAAACUGGAACUAAGAGGUUAAUAAAAAGUAAUAUUUUCGAAUUGAAUCCGAAGAAAAUAUGUUCCAAAACGUUAUAAAAAAAAUCAUAGGGCUUGAUUAUAUUUGCCCCAUGAUUACAUUUACCCUACUUCACCCUAUAUAUAAGUUAUUACUCGUAUAUUGACUAUUUUAAUAUUAACUAUAUUGAACUAUAAAAACCCAACUUUUUCAAAAUUUAACAACGAUUAUUCAGUUUCAAUUUUAAGUUUAGUGUUUGUGAUAAGAUUAUGUAAUAACUUCUGUUCUUUUUUUUAACAUUUUCCAUUAUUAUUUUUCUUUUCAUUUUGGCUCCUAUGCUAGAGGAAGAUGCGUAAAGGAACUUUGCCUGUUGUUUGAAAUAUACCUAUAAUAGAAAUAUUGAUAAAUAUGAAUAAUACAGAAGGUUGAAUCUUUCUUUUUUUUGCCUUUUAACUCUGAAAACCUGCGUCAAUUUUACAUAUUCCUGGCAGAAGUAUCACGACGAAAUUAAUUUCUUGAAAGUAUGGCAACGUAUUUGCUAUUUUUAAUGGCAAUUCCUGUUUUUUUAAACAUUAUAAAUAACUAUAAUUUAUAAAUAACUUAUUAUUUCUCAUUUCAUGUGAAAAACUAAGUUUGCAAGCCGAUAGGUAAUAUUAAUACAAAGUAAAGUUAGGUAUAAGUAAAAUCUAUAUUGUUUUGACGAAUUCAUACUCACCUAUUUUAUUGGGUAUAAAAUUUCAAAAAAAACUUUAUUUGUUACUUCUAAGUGAUUAAAGAGUUUUAUCAUUUUUUCUAAUCGUUCCUUAUUCUAAGCCUCAACUACUGCCUCAAAGAAAUAAGAAAUUACUUUAGAUAUGGAGGAAUGACGUAAAAAACUUUCAUUUCAUUUACUUUCCUUGUCUCUUCCGGUCGUUUUUAGACCUUAACUGCCUCAAAGAAUUAGACGAAUCAAAAUUUCGUCGAAUUUAAAAUUAUGACAAAAAUAGAAAUUGGAAAACCACUUUUCUAUAAUUUUAUUUAACCCACAUCAUCUUUUCGUAAGUUUUGACGUCUCAGUUGACCAAAACUCUAAAUAUUAUUAAAAGUAAAUUACAGUAUGAUGAUAAUUUGGCAAAACGCAUAACACUAAAUGUUACAAUUGUACAACUCUUAACCUAUUGUAUAAAAGCUGCUUAAUUUCAAUAUAAUAAUGAAUUUUAUCAACAAACUUUGGAAUGGCUCUCGGUUCUCCUCUUUCACCAAUUUUAACUAAUAUAUUCAUGAAAAAUUUUGAAUCUAAAACUUUUAAUAUAUUUCAUUAAAACACUUUUAAUAUUUUAGCGAUAUAUUGUUGAUUUUUCCAAUAUAUCACCAUAAUAAAAAGACCUUCAUAAUAUUUUAAAUUAUAUUAACUCCAAAGAGUCUACUAAAAAAAAUUACUGUUAAAAAAGAAGCUGAUAGGCAGCAUCCUUUUCUUAAUAUUUAAAUAUAAAAAACUUCACAAAAUUUUCAAACUAGAACUUACCGUAAACCAACUCAUACUACUUCCUGUUUUCUGUGCGUUAGUUAUAGAUACCAUAAAUGUGCCAUAAACAGAUAGAUACUACGUUUUUAUAAAGUAUUUAAAUCGAUUUGAAACCAAUCCUGUUUUUAUGCAGAGACAAUAAUAAUAUUUAUGCAAUAAUAAUUUAUAUAAAUUAAUUAUUCAUCCUAUAAAUGAUGAAUAUGGCCACAAUACAAUUUCGAGGUCUUUUUUAUUCGGCAAUAUAAUACAAUCUUAUAUGAUUCCCAAAUGGAAUUCAAAACCCCUUUUUCAAGGUAUUUUCAAUACCCAAACAAGAUUCCAACCGAUUAUUGAAUUCUUCGUGAAAACGUAUUAAAUUUAUCUGAGGUCCAUAAACUUAAACUUAGGACCCUAAAACCUCUGAUUUUAAGUUUUUUUUGCAGGUAGUAAGUAUUUUGCUUUCUUUAGUAUUUAUUUUCAACUUUUUCACUUAGUAAUCAACUUAUGCAAUUUUUCAUAGUAAUAUACGAGGUUAGUUCAAUAAAGUCCUUAGAAAAAAAGUUGAGAAAACCGUUUUAUUUGAAAUAAAUCUUCUUUCGCCAAGCCAUUUUUUCAAAUUCGGAGAUAGAAAAAAGUCAGUGAAAGCCAAAUCUGGUGAAUACGAUGGAUAAUGUAAGGAUCCGUCGAACCCUUUCGUCAAAUCUUACGUAAGAUGAAAAUUUUUGUUUUCUUUUUGCUGUUAAGUAAUGUGAUAAAGAUAAAUUUCGUUUUUGUGAUGAAUGCAGAAAAAUUAUUUAUUGACACAAUGCAGCGAGAGAGUUGUACACAUUUAAAAUUAUAAUCCUCAUAUUUGCACGAACGUUCGUGCGUGCUGUAGCUACACAUGUUGGUAAAAAAAUUGCAGUCAACAGUGAAAACAAUUAAAGCCUUAAUAAUAUAACAUAAUUCGGUGUAAUACGAAGAUUGUUUCAAUGACAGAAAUUAAUUUAUCUUUAACUUUCAAUGAAUUGAACAAAAUAAAGCGUUCUUGGUUUAAACACUUUCCAUCCAUUGAACAACGGACACAAUCAUAGGUACUUCUGACUCACAGAAUCUUUCUGCUUGUUCAUAUUCCCCAAAAGAUUCAACAUCUAUAUCUUCAUCAUUAAACCAACAGAGCCAGAUGAGUGAGUGAUUUUUACCAUGUUUACGAUGCCUUAUUGUCAAAGAUUGAAUUUUUUGUAUUCGAACACAUUUGUUAACAUUACAUUAAUAGAUUUUUCUUUGAUGCAAUAUGGCAACUGGUUCAAUAUGCAAUGCAUAUGUCGCAAGUAGGUUUCACGAUGCUGCAAACAUGCAUAGGACACUAAGAUCAUAUUGCAUUAACCCUCCAUUAGUCGCGUGGAUAUUUGUAACGCUAAGAGUCGCGCGGAUGACAGUUGUCAUCCAGUUAUUAUUUUUCAAAAAAUGAUUUAUAAACGAAAAGUUUAGUGGAAAAAUGUUUUAUUUUAUAAUAAUGUUGCUAAUAUUAUGAUAUUCAGCAACAACUGGAUUACCGUCUAUAUCAAGAGAAUUCCAAAUGUGAGCAAGAAUAUUUCUGAAUUUUCUUACUCUCUCAAAAUUAAUUUUUCUCUAACUGCCAAAUUUGGCGAGAUUUUUUAAGAUAACCUUCCACCACUGUAAAGAGACGUAUGUAAGUUGUUUGACAUUUUAUCAAUUUUGAUAUUCACUGAAAUUCCGAUAAAGAAUUUCAUAACUUUGUUAUUUGAUGUAACCUCUAGACAUCGCACAAAUUGCAAAUGACGCCCAACAUGUGCUCUGUUUAACAGGUAGUAGACAACACUACUAUUUAUGCGAUAUGCGCUAUUGAUCUAUUCGAUAGUAUCGUAUUGAUGAAUUGUAUUGAUUAGUUUUGAAUACUAAUUGAAUUCUUACUCUUAAAAAAAUUAAACUUUUUUUGUGCUUGAUUAUUCUCCUAUAGAUAUUGGAUUUUACUAACCACACAGACUCUCUUGAAAUUACCUAUAUCUUAUAUAAACUCUACUCGAAUAAUUAGAGUGAAAAUUUGUGCUCAAUAUUAAAGUUGUCGUUAGUCUCAAUGGCUUCCAUAUUUUUUCCAAAAAUAAUCAUUUUAAUUUUUGAAGUAUUUAAAUUGAGGCCAUGGGCUCUUGAAAUUAAAAAAAUAUUAUUUAAGUCAUGAUUUAUAAGUUGAGAAGCGUGAGCAAUAUUACCAAUCUUAAACGAAUGGUAAAUCUGCAGGUCAUCCGCGUACUGAUGCGACUUACAAUUUGUGAUACGAGUAGGAAAGUCAGAAGUAUAUACUAAGAAUAAUAAAGGUCCCAAGAUUUCGAACCCCCAUGUACUACUUGCUGACUUCUGUCACCCAGAUAGCUGCUUAUAAAGGCAAUCGCAUCAUUACCCAGACCAUAAUGGCACAGUUUUUUUAAGAGUAUCGUGCUGUAAAAUGCUUUACUAUAGUUAUGCUAUAACCAGUACGACAGUCUGACUGAGUGAAAGGUGACAACUGAAUCAGAUAAAUGUUGACUAAGUUGGUCAUAUACAAUUCUUUCUAGAAUUUCGGACAGGGUGCACAAAAUACUAAUGGGUCGAAACUGUGAUUUGACUGUUUAGGAACCGGCAUUAUAAUUGAUUUUUUCCAAAGUGAAGGAUAUUGAUUAUAAAAUAAACAUUUAUUAAUAAUGUAAGUAAUAUGAGGUAGGAGGCAACAAAACUGCACAGGUUAGCACACGCGCAUUGUCACGAUUUAAAAGGAAUUUUCUUCUCUUUAAAUGUGGUUGUUCUUUUAUUUCCUCGUUCAAACCGGUGCAAUAACCACGCAUAAUACGCCCCUGAUAUCGCCCCCUUUCCUUUUUUCAAGUAAUCGAUGAGAAUGAUGCCAUCUCCAUCCCAAAAGACUGAUUUUGCCACUGUUUUCGCCUUCUUCGAAAACCGUUUAUCCUAAAAAACCACUGCUGCGACCUGUCUCUCCAUCUUUGGAGUAUAAUAGUGAAUCCUAAAAGAAACUGGAUUGUCACGGAAACGCGUCUUAACAGCAUCAAGAGUCGAUCACACUAUUACGCUUAUUCUCCGUUGUCAGCAAUCGCGGCACUCAUUUUGCCGCAAUUUUUUGAUCAAAAAUGAAGCGACGGUACCUUAGGUUUUAACGGUAUCUUCAACUAUUUUCCCGCACUUUAAUUCUACGAUCACUUAAAAUCAAAAUUGUCUUAAUAUUUUCGGGAGUAGUCACUUCCACAGGGCAUUCUGAACAAUAUUGACCUUUUGUGGAUGAACGGCCAGGUUUAAAAUCAUUUAUCCAACUGUAAACAAUUGCAAGCACAGUAGCAGAUGUGCCAUAAACUGCACCCAACUCAGCUUCUAUCUCUUUUAAAAUGAAAACGUUUAAUCACUGCUCGAAACUGACUUACUCGAAAACAAAAGUUUAAUCAACAAUAGAAGUGGCACUACGUAACAGAUGAAGCUGAAACUUUUACAGCUUUCUAGUUAAUAGUGCUGCAAACUAAGAAAAAUUAAUCUUUUCUUGGUUUUUUUAUAAGGACUUAUUGAACGACCCUCCUAACGAACGCAUUUGUAUAUAUUAGAUUUAAGGUAUGUAUAUGUUAAACCUGUAUCAUCAACAUCCUUCAUAUGACAUAACAACAUUCUACAUAAUAAUAAAUAAACAUUAAUUUUAUUUAAAAAAAUGUACGUUUAUUUAGUUAAUUGUUUUUAUAAAAAACGUUAUUUUAUAUAAAAAAAUAAACUGUAUAAAUUAA